AAAAAAAAAAAAAAAAGAACAAAACCGCCUCCGUGGGCUCCCUCGCUUGCUUGCUUGCUUGCUAAAAACAGACUUCCUUGGCGAUUGGCUGCCAGACAGACAGGACCAGCGUGGACUGAAUUGUUUUGUCCAACCACGCCAAAUGUCCCUUACUCGGUAAUUAUCUCUCCACCCGAGGAUGAAGGCUUUAGGGGAUGAGUGGUGGUGGUGGUGGUGGUGGUGGUGGAGAAUUUUCGGGGAAUGGAAUUCUUUGGGAGGAGGUCGGGUUCGCUUGCCUCCCCCUCAUCAUCAUCUUCUCUUGUCUGUUUCUUACUACUACUACUUCACACACACUCUCUCUCUGUGUCUCUCUGUCUCCCUUUGUCUUUCUCUGGUUUUUCCCUCCCUCCCCGGUUCCAGGCGGUGGUAUUCGUCGGGGAGGGGGUUUACGGGGUUUCCGAAGCAGAGUCUGGAUCCAUCAGCUAGCCAGCUGGAUGUUUGUGUUUACAUGUAUAGCGUGGUGGUGGUUCGGGAAUCACAUGGGACAACCUCGGAGGCAUGGAAUUUCACCGUAGUCUUAUCGGCCACUUGCAUUACUUGCGCUGUUCACUUACAGUAAUCUCUGGACUAUGAGAAUCCGAAUAUGUAACUGGCCGUUCAUGCAUUAAUCGGUACUAGGAGACGGUUGAGCUAAGUGGUCCUGUAGGAGCUGAGUGACUCGAAUGCGCAUGAGGAGUCC